CCAUAUAAGUACCUCGAGUUAAAAAACCCUUGCUCUAUACCAUGUGGUUGUUUCUUCCAUAAAAGAACGUAACAAGUAUUAGUCAGAAAACCUAAAAUAAGGUAGACUUAAUUUGUGUCUUAGGUUUUACAAGAGAUUCUCAGAUUGGGACAAUCAGUUUAAGUACAAUUUAUCCAGUCUGCUCAGUAUCCUGCUCAUUUAGAUAAAGCAGCAUUACUAUUUCCUUUAAGAGGCAAAUUAGCCAAAUUCCCGUUUUGUAAAAGAAACAAUCUCUAUCAGUAAAAGCAUAGAAAGAUAUCAAUUUACUCUUCACAAAAAUAUAGCAUUUUUUUCUACCUGCGGGGGAAGAAAUCUUUUUCUAAAGUGGCAAUUAAGCAAUAUUAAACAAUUCAUAAAUUAUGCUGAUUAUCUGUUCCAAUUGUAUUACAUAGUACUUGAUCAUUCAUUAUCUGAUUAACUUAUCAAUAUAGAUGCUAGAUAAAUUACCUAGGGUAACAAGUGAAAACAGGAAAAUUCACACAUCUAGAAACAAGUAUAGGAAAGUAAGCCUUGACUAUGUUCCUUAGUAGUCACAAAGGCCAAGUUUUAACAUCUUCCCAUUUUAACACUGCCUAAAGACUAAAGGGUCUCAGAGGAAUAGGCAAUGUCUACACUAAUUCAAUCCUUAACCCAAUGGGAUCAAAGGCUGAUCUAUUAAUCUGCUCAAACUGUUCAUAUUAUGGUGUUGGCGUACAUCAGUGGGACCCUGUCAAGCAAACCUGGAGUAUCCCUGGUCUACCCCAUGCCCUCCCGGAAUGUGUCCCUGCAGCUGCAAGGCCUCCAGGAGAAAGACACUGGGUCCUACCUCUGUUCUGUGAACAUGCAUGACAGUCAAGGCAAAAACAGGGGCCAUGGCAGCAAAAGUUUAGAACUUGAUGUGCUGGUUCCUCCAGAUACUCCAUCCUGCCGUCUCCUGGGCGUGCCCCGUGUGGGGACCAACGUGACCCUGAGCUGCCGGUCCCCAAGGAGUAAGCCCGCUGCCCAAUACCAGUGGGAGCGGCCACCUCCAUCCCCUCAGGUUUUCUUUGCACCAGUUUUAGGUGAGGGAACUUCUGGAGACAACUGAGACUGUGGCUGGGGUGGGGGAAAGGCCAGAGGUAGCAGAGGGACUGGGGUGAA